GUUGCUGACCUCUGCUUUAUUAUUCCAUACACAAGGAGAAGAUCAACUUAUCCCUGCAUCGGCUUCUUCUUAAAAUGAGAUCCUUAUGAGAUAUUUAUUCAAGGCAUUGCACCGAGAUCCAAAGCAACCUGUCUAGAAGCACAUUGACUUUAUAUAGGAAAUCUGGUAGAACCUCCUCAAUAAUCUUAUUGAACUGCCGGGUAACCAUUACGUCAUGUAGCCUGGUAGAAAUCAGAGGCAACCAGAAAGAAUUUCUAUCUGGACCUGGAGGAAUCUCAGGCGCAUUUCUUUCUCUUUCUCCUGAGUUAUACAUACAAUGUGAAAUGAAGGGAGAGCGCUAGUUAAAGUUGCCAAAAAGCUCUGCGCCAAGAUUUUCCUUUCCAAUCUCACAGCGAUGUGGGAUAGCAAGUCCCAGAGGAAUAAACAGAAGAUAUAAGAAAGAAAGCAGACAUUUCAGGGAAUUAUUCCAGGACGAGGACACAGAGAAGGAUAUCCCGACCCAGUAGAGCUUCUUUCUGCCGUUGUUACAUGGUGGUGAAGGUGAAACGUUAGACUUCUCAUCCCCAAAGAGGAUGUUACAUAGAAACUAUUCUGUGCUCCCCAACAUGAGCGAGGAGCUCCAUAAGCUGUCUAUUAAUGUAACGAGUAACCAGUCUCUGGCAUCGUCCUGUGCUAAUAACACUAUUCCAGAUUACCAGCUUGAUCUUCUCCCGGCUUUCUACUCCUUCAUCUUUAUCUUCGGCUUCAUUGGGAACAGUUUGGUUAUUUCGGUCAUUUGUCUACAAGGAGACAUAAAAACUGUGGCAAGCAUCUAUAUCUUGAACCUGGCUGUAGCUGACAUGUUGUUCCUCAUGACACUACCGUUUUGGGCCACAUAUUACGCCUUUGGUUUGAACUGGAUGUUUGGGGCAGUAAUGUGCAAAAUUUCAAGCUCUCUUUUAACCUUGAAUAUAUUUGCCAGCAUCUUCUUCAUCAGUUGCAUGAGUGUUGAUCGGUAUUUGGCCAUCGUCUAUCCUCUCCGGUCACAGAGAAGGACACUGACACAUGCAAUUUUUGUGUCCUUUAUCAUUUGGGGCUUAGCCAUCAUGUCAACACUUCCUACCUUCUACUUUCGGAACACUUACUACAUUAAAAACCUUAAUGUCUACGCCUGUAUCAUGGACUUUCCCAAGGAGGAGUAUUCGAGCUGGUGUGUGGCCAUGGCCCUACUGAAGAUCACACUAGGCUUCUUCUUUCCAACAACGGUUAUUCUUACUUGCUACACCAUGAUUGGAUUACAUCUAAAAAAGACCAAAGGGUCCAUGCUGAACAAGAAGACCAGAGAUCGGGUUCUGAAGAUUGUCACCUCCAUAGUUGUAUGCUUUUUGAUUUGUUGGCUACCAUUCCACUUACUGACCUUUUUGGAUGUUCUCACAAGGAUGCAAAUAAUAUUUGACUGCAGAAUUGAGACAUUUGUCGAGGCUGUUAUGCCUUUUAGCAUUUGUCUAGGAUUUUCCAACAGUUGCUUUAACCCGUUAUUGUAUUGUUUUGUUGGAAAUCAGUUUCGAGAGAAUUUCCGGCAUGUAUUUAGUAGUAUAAGAAAGAGCACAAACAGCCAUCACAACUCCUCCAAACGGGGUAGUGAUUCGAAAGAGCCAGAGCUGAAUGGAACUUAUGAGAACUCAAAAGUAUGACUUUUAGGAUAUGUGGAAGGCUGGAUUGUAUAUUUACUAUGUAACAUUGUGAGUUAAAAUUUAGGUUGCCAUAUUGGCAGUUUUUGAUUGGACUGAUUACUUAUAAGGGUUUUCUAACAGUUUUUUUUUUACUGAUGACCUCUCAAUUCUGCAGUUAAUUCUGCGGGGUCCAACACCUGGGACCCCCACUGAUCAGCUGUUUGAAAAAGUAGCAGCACUCACAGUAGGGCUGCGGCCUUCUUCAGUUUUGCCUAGGCCAUGUGAAGUCACCUUCAUCUGUCACUUGGCCUAAGCGCAGCACAGCCCCAUUGAAGUGAAUGGGGCUGAGCUGAGAUACCAACCACAGUCGCUAUACAAUGUACGACUAUAUGCUUGAUGGGCUGAGAGAAGGCUUUUCAAACCGCUGAUCAGUGGGGGUUAUCCGGGUUCCACAGAUCAGAUACUGAUGACCUAUCUAGAGGAUAGGUCAUCCAACUGUGUCUGAAAUCAAUGUGAACCAAUGUUGUAAGAAGCAGGUGUUUAUAUCUAUGGGUUUUGUUUGGUAUUGAAGCCCAAUUUAAAUGAAUAUAGGCGAGUAGCAAAAUCAUAUCUGGUGAAACACAAAAGGGUUAAACAUUCCACUGUGAUCAGUGUCCCAGCCCCUACCUUUAAGACAUAUGUUAAGGAUGUGGAAACCCCCUUUAAAGAGUGACUGUACUUUCACACAAUGUAAUUUAAUACAGAAUCAUGUAAUUAGCACAUUUCAAAAUUACUUCAUUAAAAAUAUGCCUGCAUUGACCUUAAAAAAGAUGUAAAGUCAUGGCCACUAGGGGUCUCACGUCCACCUAAUUUGCAACCCACUGCUUGUUGGGCUAGGUCCAUCUGUAGUAAAAGUUCACAGGAAACGGGGGCAAAUGAGCUCCUAAGCCUGAUAGAAGGAUUUCCUCUAUACAGCUUCUGAAGAGCGGAGAAGCUCAUGUGUGUCUGUAAGUAUGAUACCCCCCUCCUUAUGAGCUUUCUUAGCUCCCUAGAUGAAAACAAAUAUUGUGGGAAGUAACGGAAGUGAGGUCACUGCAGUACAGUACUGCCAGAUUCCUCAGAAGGGAAACACCCACUGCUUGUGAGAGAAAUGCAUCUAGCUGUACAGCUGAAGUAAGGGAUAAUAUGGCUGAGGAAAACUUACGGGAAAGCCAAAAAAAGACCCAUUUCUUCACAGUUAUGAUUCUACAAUAAAGCACAGCUAUUAUACAAACUUUUUUUUUGAAAAUUCAAAAAUGUUAUGAUUUGAGGGCUACCUGUGAACCGACACACAUAGAUGAACUAGUGGAGUGCCGGCCUGCCCAGCAAAUCCAUAAGCCCAGCCACCAGAGGCUAGCGCCUAGUCUUAUCUCACUGUGAAAGCAACCCCUUUAACGACUGAUGUAUUUUGAAGCAGUUUACCAUGCCACUAUUAAUAGUUUACUGCGCAGCCGUUGCUGUUUGCUGCAAUCAAUUUGAAAACAAAAAAAUUACGAUUUGCAUACUGCCGAAGUUUAGGUAUCAAUAUAACAUGUGUAGCUGGCCAGCUAAGACCUGUCCUAGGUUGCUAACAUACAGAUGUGCAGGGCUAGCACUCCAGCUCUUAACUCAAAUCUAUUAACUAAUCGCGUUAUCUUGGGACAAAAGCCAUUGAAAAGCAAUAGAAGGUGUUUGCUUAGAUUAGAUAACACAACUCAGAAAUCUCAGAAAACAGAAGUGUUAACUCUACUCCAUCUGUAGCGAGACCUGCCAAUAACCUUAA